AUGUCUACUCCAGCUCAAUCUUCAUUGGCUGACCUCAAGGCAUCCACUGCUCAACUUGUGGGCAUCAUUGCCAGCGCAAGACACAUCCCGGCCGGCUCAGUGGACGUCCACCUUGCUCUGAUGAAGCAGGUCACCACUCUUUUGGCUGACAUCAUCCGGGCCCAUGAGAAAGGGGAAUACAUCCCUGGAAUUGUGGUGUCCUGCUCUAAGGAGCUGAUGAGGGUGCAUUCCAUGACUCCCCGGGCAUUGCCCAACUGGCACAGCAUUAGCCAUGAUGACCCCCAGGUGGCUAGACACGCCUGGCGCAAGCAAGUCUGUGCCUGGGAGGCAUUGGGUGACAAUUCCUGUACUCUCCCUGUUGUUCCUAAUGUUUCCACUGGCCAACUGACUGUCAACCUUCCGUCUACACCUGUUCCUUCACCUGCACCUGUCCCUUCUUCUGCCUCCGUUAUUCCCUCCCCUCCGGUCGUCGCCAGCAAUGUUGCCGGACCUUCCAGCAAGACGUACCCCAAGUUCCGGUGGAGAGGGGCCAGGGCUCGAACACCAAACAAGCUGAGAGACAGCCAAGCCAACCAAGCAGACUGCUAUGGUGGUGGAAUGAUGAAGACCUAA